AUGGAUGCUGAAAAGAUAAAAAAUAAGCGUAAAGCACUUAAAUGCAGUGCCACUAAGUUCGUUAAAAGUUUAGACGUCACUUUAGUAAAUGAAACUAAUGUGCGUAAUUUAGAAGUAUUAUACAAUCAAUUAACUGAUAAAAUUGACUGUCUUAAAGUGGCUGAUAAUGAGCUUCUUAAUGUUAUCGAAGCAAAAGAUAUCGAAAAAGAAGUUGAACAAUGUGAAGAUUUCAUGGAAAAUUUAAUUUUCUAUAAAUGUCAAAUUACUCAAAGAAUAGCAGCUCUAACACCUCCGGCUGUACCUCCUACUAUUAACCCCGCUAAUUUAUCAAAUUCAACAUUGGAACUUAGUGGUCUAGUACAUCAAGAAACUAGAUCGUCGAUUAAAUUGCCAAAGCUAACUGUUAAUAAAUUCUACGGUGACCACAGGUAUUGGCUAGAAUUCAUUAGUCAGUUUGAAAAUGCAAUAGAUAAAAAUAGCGGCUUAUCUAAAAUUGAGAAGCUUAUUUACCUUAAGAAUUUAGUAGGUGGUGCUGCAGCUAAAGCAAUUUCCGGAUUCGCAUUAACAGAAAGUAAUUAUGAUGCAGCCUUGGAACUUUUAAAAUCUAGAUUCGGACAAAAGAAUUUGCUCAUUAAUGCGCAUUUAGGAUCGCUUUUGAACAUGACUCCCAUAAAAAAUACAAGUGAUACGAACAGUUUGAGAAAAUUAUACGAUAAAGCUGAAACUGAAAUUAGGAAUUUAGAAAGCUUGGGAAUAAAUUCAGAAUCGUACGGUAAUCUCUUAACACCGAUAAUUUUGAAAGUAUUGCCCUCUGAAUUGACUCUUGAAUUUAGUAGAAAGAAUAAAAGUGAUAAUUGGGAUUUGAAAGCUCUUCUCGAGUUCUUAGGUGAAGAAAUACAAAGUCGCGAAAGAGCUCAAUCUUUUCAUUCUCCCGUAAAAGAAAAACAAAAUUCGACCCAUCCGCUCCAAGAACGCAAUCGAGGCGCUUCCGGGUCAAAAUCUUCUACAAAAGAUACUUUUCGAAAACAGAAAAGUUUCAAUUCUUCAGCGGCUGAACUCUUAGUCAAUCAUACAGUUGCUAGUUCAAAAUGUGUGUUUUGUGGUUCGAACUUGCAUGAUUCAGUUUCGUGUGACUCGGUAAGCAUAGAAAUGAAACGGGAUUAUUUGAAAAGAAAUAGACUUUGCUUUUUUUGCUUUUCGAAUAGACACUCAAUUUCUUCUUGUCCAAAGCUUAAAAAAGAAAAAGGUUGUUCGUUUUGUGGUUUAAAAUCGCACCCCAAAACACUUUGUUAUCGGUUUUAUCAGAAUUCGGAUAAAACAACUUUCACCCCGCCCCAAGAAGAAUCUGAUGAUAAUGUUACUAACGUUUCUUCUUGUCAAACUGAAAACAAAUCGCAAAGGGUUUUAUUGCAAACCGCAUCGGUCGUUGCUCGUUAUAACAAUCAAUAUAGAAAUUGUCGUUUGUUAGCCGACACAGCGGCUCAAAGAAGUUUUGUAGAUAGGAAAUUUUCAAGAUUGUUGAAACUUCCCAUUAUUCGAAAAGAAAAUCUAACAGUUUAUUCCUUCGGAGAUAAGUCUCCUAUUGAAAAAACGUUUAAUGUAGUUAAAAUAAGAUUGGAAAAUAAAGAAGAUCCGAAUUCGUAUUUGGAAAUCGAGGCGUUAGAAACAGAAAAAAUAUCCGCGGCACAUAUUCCGCCGCCUGCAGUAGAUAUUUCCAUUUAUAGCAAGCAUUUGAAAGGUUUGAAAUUAGCUGAUACUUCGAAUAAGGACGCUAGUGUUUCAGUUUUAAUCGGUGCUGAUAACUAUUAUGACGUCAUGACAGGUAGAAUUAAACGUAUUAAUCGAAAACUUGUAGCUGCUGAGUCGCUCUAUGGGUGGUGUUUAAUUGGAAUAUCAGGCUCUUCAAAUAGAAAUUCAGGUGAUUCUUUCGCCAUGAAAGUAAUGGUUGAGGAAAACAUUUCAAAACAAUUGGAGACAUUUUGGCUACUAGAAAAUCUUGGAAUCGAACCAGCUAACGAUGAUGUAAGUUGUAAUGAUAACAAAACUUUACGAAAAUUCGAAGAUAGUAUUCGCUUCCAAGAUGGUAGAUAUGUGGUUAAACUCCCUUGGAAGGAUAAUUUUAAAGAAUCGCUUGAAAACAAUUACGAAGUGGCAUAUGAAAGAUUUUCAAAAUUGUGCUACAGGUUUCAAAAUGAUCAUUCUUUGUAUUCAGAGUAUAGGAGGGUUGUGAAUAAUUACAUAGAGCAAAACAUUGUAGAGCGUGUUCCUGAAUCAAGUGUAGCAGAUAGUCCAGAAUUCUAUUUGCCCCAUAGGGCAGUAAUUCGAGAUGAUAGGGUGUCUAGUAAGCUGAGAGUUGUUUUCGAUGCGUCUUCGCAUAAAAAGGGCAAGUUUUCGUUAAAUGAUAGUUUGCAUAUUGGACCUAAUUUAUAUCCUGAUUUGUUUGAACUGUUGUUGUCAUUUCGAAAGCAUCCAAUUGCGUUCACAGUUGAUAUUAAACAGGCAUUUUUGAAUGUAGCAAUUGACGAGUCGGAUAAAAAUGUAACAAAGUUCUUUUGGACUGAAAAUCCAUAUUCCUUUUCAGACUCUUUAGAAGUUCUAAGGUUCAAUCGUGUUCUCUUCGGAAUAAAUAGUUCCCCCUUUCUCUUAUGUGCUACUAUUAAACACCAUUUGAAGAAGUAUUCUUCUAUUUUUCCGCAGACUCACGAACUGUUAAACAAAUUUUGUUACGUCGAUGACAUCAUAGGAGGUCAAAAUACUCUUGCAUCGGCAUACGCAACUAGUUUAGAAUGCGUCCAGAUCUUUAGAGAAGCAAAUAUGCCCUUGCACAAGUGGGCUACUAAUUCUGCUGAAUUGCGAAAACUUUGGGAGAAGAACGGGUUUUCUACUGAAACGUCAUCAAACCCAAUUGGUCAAAACAUGAUAAACUAUAAAGUAUUAGGCAUUUCCUGGGACGCUGACAGGGAUUUAUUUUAUUUUAACGUAGAAAAUCUGAUAUCCCUUGUAUCGAAAGGAAUUGAUACAAAAAGAUUCCUGUUGCAAGUUGCUGGUCGAAUUUUUGAUCCUAUAGGAUUUGUAGCUCCUUACGUAAUUCGUUUGAAGAUUCUCAUUCAACGCGUCUGGGAAAUGGGUCUUCUUUGGGACCAGGAAAUGCCCCAAGUUAUCAAAAAACCCUUCAGACAAUGGUGUCUUGAACUGAAAGGCUUAAGUUUAGUUGAAAUCCCUCGCUCUUAUCAUUUCACGGACUCCUACACAGUUGAUGUGCAACUGCACUCCUUUUCGGAUGCAUCUAAAAAGGCCUACGGAACUGUAAUAUAUUUUCGAGUCAUUAAGACUGACGGGACUAUAACGACUAGUUUUAUCACUUCCAAGAGCAGGGUUGCCCCGUUAAAGACUCUUUCUUUGCCGAGGUUGGAAUUGAUGGGAGCACUGCUUUCUGCUAGGUUGUGUGCUAAAGUCUCUAAAGCUUUAAAAUUUGAGAAAUCCUGCUUUUUUCAUACGGAUUCCUCUCUAGUUUACCAUUGGAUUAGAGGGGAACCGUCCUGUUACAAACCUUUCGUCAAAAAUAGGAUAGAGGAGAUUCAAAGACUGACUGAACCACCGAAAUGGAAUUUUUGUCCUGGGAGGGACAAUCCAAGCGAUAUUGUAAGCAGAGGAAUAUCUGUUCGGGAAUUGAAAGAUAGUCAACUUUGGUGGCACGGACCACCCUGGCUUAGCCAAACAGAGCAGUUUUGGCCAAAAAUAGAGGCCCAAAACGUCAGCAAUCAUGACCUAGAACUAAAGAGUAAAUUUAGAGAAGUUUCGCAAAAUGAAGUAAUCCUCGAAAAUCGCGAAAAGCUCAUUAACAUUGAUAAAUUUAGCAGUUAUCUCAAACUAUUGCGAGUAACUGCCUUCGUAUUUCGAUUUAUACACAACGCAAGAAAUACGUCGAAAAAUAAAGGUGCUCUCGAAACAGAUGAGCUUAAAUUGUCUGAAGAAUACUGGAUUAAAGAAACCCAGAAAGAAGCUUAUUGGUUAGAAAUAGUCGAUUUAGAAAGAUCUCAAAAAGUUAGCAAUGGUUCAAAAAUUCGUUCUCUAGUACCUUUCUUAGAUCCCAGGAAUAUUUUGCGAAUAAAAGGGAGAUUAGAUGAAUCAGAAUUUUCUCUAGACGAGAAACAACCCAUCCUUCUACCAAAAAACUCUAAAUUUUCGGAAUUAUUAAUCUUACAUGAGCAUACUAAGAACUUUCAUAUCGGAGUAACAGCUACUCUAGUAAUGCUUAGAAGAAAGUUUUGGAUAGCGAAGGGGAGACAACUCGUGAAGAAAGUACUUAGAAAAUGCUUCAUUUGUAGAAAAUACAAAUCCAAACCAGCAAACGAAAUAACAGCGCAACUUCCGAAAGACAGAAUUGUAGAGAAUCCACCUUUUGAAAUUUGUGGCCUUGAUUUUGCAGGAGCUAUUCUUUACAAAUGUGAUAAGGAAGUUAAAAAGGCUUAUUUUGCAAUUUUCACCUGUGCUGUAACUAGAGGAAUUCACUUAGAAUUAGUGUCCUCCAUGUCUACAAAGAAUUUCUUACUAGCCUUUAGAAGAUUCAUUUCCAGGCGAGGUAGUUGCAGCGUUGUUUAUUCGGAUAACGCAAAAUCAUUCAAAGCCGCAAAUAAAGAUCUAAUGUACUUCUAUAACAUUCUACAAGAUUCGGAAUUUAAAGAUUUUAUAUCUUCACGUGGCAUUAAUUGGAAGUUUAUCGUAGAAAGGGCGCCCUGGUGGGGCGGAUUUUACGAACGUCUCGUAAAAUCAGUGAAAGAUCCACUCAGAAAAGUUCUCGGAAAAGCUCUUCUCACGUUUGAAGAACUUUCAACUGUUUUGACUGAAAUCGAAUACGUCGUUAAUUCGAGACCUUUAACAUACGUUACUGAUAAUUUUUCUGAGCCCAAGCCAUUAACUCCUCUUGACUUUUUGCAAUAUGGAAGGAAAAAUCACGACUAUCCAUUUAAUUUUGCUGAGUUAGUUAAUCGAGUGUCAACAAGAGAGUCCUUGUUAAAAAGAAAGCAGUAUCAAACGACACUUUUGAAACAUUUUUGGGUUAAAUGGAAAGAACUAUAUCUACUUAAUUUGAAAACAGUUCACCAUUUCAAAUCGCCUAACGUUCACAAAGAAGUAAAGAUGAAUGAUGUAGUGCUCGUCGAAGGAACUUCAAAAUCUAAACUACUAUGGGACUUGGGAAUCGUUCAAGAAACUUUUCAAGGUAGAGAUGGACAUAUCAGAGCUUGUGUCGUCAAAACCAAAAAGGGACUUAUCAGAAAACCUGUGCAGCUGAUAUAUCCCCUUGAACUUUGUGAAUGA